GCUGGUGGAACAAUGAGCCAGAGAGUAAUGUGAAACCGUCUAUCUACAAAUGUCAAGGCUGCUUGUGGAGAAAGUACAAUAAGACAAGGCAGUCUGGAAACUUCCUUAGAAACUAAUCAGACCUGUUAAACCAGGUGGUGGAUAGGAUCAGUAAGUCAUUUUGCCAGAGGAUGAAUGUAUGGUAAUGGAAACACAGGUGAUAGUGAAUGGAGAGGGACAGACGGAUGAUGUCAUAUGGGUUUUAGAUGGCAGAGAGACAUGCGUGUCCUUCCCACUGUAGACCUGUCUAUUGGGGACCUACGCAUGCCCUUCAAUGAAGAGGUCAAGUACUGUAUCCUGGGAAUCUCUGUAACCCUCUUCCUGAUUGCUAUGGGCAUUCUGGUGUGGCAGUUAUACCACUACUGCUCACAGGCUCCAAAGGAACCUGUGGAUGACUUACUUUCAUCUGAUGGAAAGCCAGCAAAGACAGAAGACCUCUACAUGGAAACCCAGAGGCCUAAUUUUAAGGUGGAGAAGCUCCAUGAAGAGGCACAGAGGUUGAGCCGUUGCCUGUCCAUGGGCAGCCAUGUGGAGCUGCCUGGCCUGGGGAACCAGCUGAAGGGCUCCCUGCGCUUCUCCCUCUACUAUGACCAGCUGCAGUCCAGACUGGUGGUCACCGUCCUGGAGGCCCGGGGCCUGCCGGUCAGGGACUUCAGCCGCAGUGUGGACCCCUUUGUGAGGGUUCGGCUGCUAUGGGCCAAGCAUGAUAAUGAGGAGGAGAAGGAGGAGCAGUCCUCUCCUUCACUGCAGUGUGUGCUCCAUGAGUGGCAGUCCCGUAUGGUGAAGGACAGCAGCAGCCCUACGUUUGGGGACCAGUUCUCCUGCUCUAUGGAGGAGGAGGAUGUCCCUCACACCACCGUCAGGUUUGAGGUCAGAGACUUUGAUAAGUUCUCCAGGCAUGGGUUCUUGGGAGAGGUCAGAGUUUCUCUGUGUGAUGUGAAAAUCUCAUACCCUCUUGAAGUACUGGAGGAUCUACAGACACCACAAAAGGACAUGGUUGGAGAGGUGCUUCUCUCUCUAAAGUACCUCCACACCCUCCAGAGACUGGAGGUGGGUCUGCUGAAGAUCAGGGCACUGCCUCAGCAAAGUCAAAAAGACAAAGUUCGGUUGUAUGCCCGGAUCAGUGUCCUCUGCAACCAGUUCAAGCUGCGGCACCAGAAGUCCACUGCUAAGACCCUGUGUGAAGUGACCGUCUUCAACGAAGUCAUGAUGUUCACCCUGCCAGACCCACAGAUCAGGGCGUGCUGCAUUGUGGUCUCUGUGUACGAGAUCCAUGCAGCCAGGAAGUCAUCCAAACGCCUGGUUGGCCAGGUCACCUUUGGAAAGGGAAAGAGGUCAGAGGAGGAACACUGGUGUUUGAUGAUGCGAUCAAUUUGUCAGCCAAUAGCAAAGUGGCAUCCAUUGUUGAUCUGAGGUCAGCCAAGCCCCUUACUUUGACUAUGUUCUUGUAAUGUACAGAUGGUUUUCACAAAAUCUAAGAUGAAACCUCAUACUCUUCCAUGUAUAGUGACUAUGCAGGACAAGCAAAUAGAAAGUGGCAAAUUACAAGAAUUUGGUAUCUUGAUAGAUGAGUGUCUCACCUUUAAACCCCAAGUCGAAGGUCUUGUGAAAAAGCUUAGGCUCAAGUUUAGUUUUUAUUUUCAUAAUAAGUCAUGUUUUUCUUUUAAAGUGCGAAAGAGGCUUGUUUCCGAUUCUUUUGUCCCUGUAAUUGAUUAUGGUGAUAUCUUGUACAUGUAUGCCCCUGUGGAGUCAUUAUGUAUGCUGGACACUGUGUACAAUGGGGCGCUGAGGUUUAUUACUGACUUUAAAGCGUUCACACAUCACUGUAUCCUCUAUAUGAGAGUGGGCUGGCCUUCAUUAGCUCUUCGGAGAUUACAUCAUUGGUAUUUAUAAGGCCAUAUUGAAACAGCUCGCCUGUGCUCACUUGACUGUGUUUUGGUGAUUGUGUCUAAGGCCCGUACGGAGAAAGGGAGAAAAACAUUCCAGUUCCAAAUGAAAGGAGCUUGUCCCUUUAUAUUAGUUAAUAGCUAGGUUAACACUAUAAGGGGAAAUUAUGGAAAGUUAUGGAAAAUGAAGUGGGGGGCUGUCAAUAUUUUGACUCCUAGUUGCACCACACUUUCCCAAAUCAUCUUGCUGUUAAGUGUGUAAAUUGGUGUUUUUUAAACUGUAGUUCUUUGUGUUUUACGUUGUAAACGUGUCUGCAACUCUGUGUGCUGCUAUUUUGGCCAUGUCUCUCUUGUAAAAGAGUUUAAAUCAUCUCAAUGAGACCGAACUGGUAAAAUAAAGAUAAAAUAAAAAAUGGAAAUGUGUGGAGGA